GGGAGGGCGGCAGGCGGGAGCGAGCGGGCCGAGGGGCUGUGCUGCGGCCACGGAGCCUGAGGAGCCCGCGGAGGGGGCGGCGGGAGGAGCGGCAGGUUAACAAGGCUAUAAUAUGGAGCAGGGCUCAAAAGUAUUUCAAGAACAGACUCUCACUAAAGCCUCUUCACGUGAAGCUGCUCUUCAGGAUGUAUUGCAUCAAACUGUCAUCAUAGUAAACAGCAAGAAAGUAGAAUGGGAAAGGAAGAUGAAAGCUUUCAAAGCACAGAUGGAUAUCCAGCAUCAAGAAUCAGCAAGUGCCCAAAGCAAACUGGAUCAAAAAGGUCAAGAGUUUUUGAAGCUGACACGUAGUUAUAACAAGCUAUUAAAACAAAAAAAUCAUCAAAGUAGAGAAAUAAGUAAAGAAAGCCUAGAGACAUCAGUUCGUCUGAACAACUUAAAGAAGAAACUGGAGGAAUUUGAAGCAAAAUUGAGAGAAUGGGAUGAGGAAAAGACAAUCUUCCAAAAUCAUCUCAUGUGUUUAGAAGCUCAGCAAAAAUUAUUGUCUGAGAAAUGUAAUUCGUUUCAGUCUUCUCCUGAGACAUCCUUCCCUGCAACAACACAGAAGUUCCUUCAAGAGGAAGAGAAACCUACCAAAGAGUUUGAAGAAUGUUUAAAUUCACACCUUGAAGAACUGCAAGGACUUUCUGAAAACAUGCUUAAAAAAUACACUGGGCUUCAGCAAAGUAAGCAUGCUUAAGCUAAUCACACAACUAAGAAAAUAAACCCGUGUUUAAUCACUGAAGAGUUUCUUAAUGUUGGAGAUAUCCACAUAAUUUUGUGAGGACAGCAUCUCUGAUAAAAGCAGAAUUUAUUCGCGAUUGCAGUG